AUGGCCGCUUGGUUGGCGUAUACUUCGACUAUUCUCGAUCGGCUGACUGAAUUGAGGAAUGAUGUUGCACUUCGGGUGGUUCUCAAGUGCUGGCAGUGUUUCAGUCUUGUUGACGACGGAGAAACCCCAACAACGCCUUGGGCCAGUAUCAACGAGACCGGCCUCAUUAACAUCUCGGUUCCAACAGAAGCAUUGAGAGUACACUUACAGUUCCUUCUGCCUUCGGAGACUAUACCGGUCGUCUUUCACCAUAUUCGCGUCAUCCUCAUGAGUAUAGUCUACGAAAACUUUUGCAAGCAAGUCAACACCUACGAGCCUGAGCACCGGUUGAUUAUUCACGGCAAAACUAUCGGCCUAGAGGUAUACAUGGCAAUUCUGGGUCUAGAGAUCGACGAAAAGGCUGCAAACGAAUCGGAGUAUCUAGUCAAUCACUUACAGACUAUUGUUGGAGUGGGCAUUAGCCUGCAAAAGGACCUCAUUCAUUUGCCCCAAGAACUGAAACAGGGUGGGACAGCAAACUUCAUCAUCCUAAAGCACUUACGAGAGAGAGGCCGAAAACUAACAAGUGGAGGAAACAAUGUACACGAUUAUGUCAAAGCAAUUCUGGACACGGUUAAAAGUCAUAAUCAACUGCACGAUUGGGCAUUCGAAAGCUACAAACAGGUCAGGAAGAGUGGGAGAACAAAAGCUAUUCUCCAAGCUCGCACGUUGUAUCACUUACUAGGAGCACAUUGGCGAUGGAGAUGCAAAAUCGAAGGCUACGAACAGUGUUAG